AUAGCUUACCUUACUGGCUGGGUAGCUUAUGUCAUAUGUGUGCCGAGUGCCGACUAUUUUUUAUUGAAUCGAAGUCACGUUAUUUGUUAUUAUCAAAUAUUUAAAAAAUAUAGUAAAUGUCUGACUAUUUAACAUUUUAAACUUUACAAUUGUUGCCCUAGAUGAUUGGUUAUAGAAUAUUGUAAUCGAUCAAGUAAUGGUCACCACGGAGAAUCCAGAUAUAUCUGAUUCGGAUAAACUACAGCUUUGGAACACAGACAGCGGUAUGGAAUCUAUGACUGAUAGUAAUAAAGGUACCACUCCAGUUUCAGAAAAUUUCGAUGAUGAUGACGAUGUAGAGGAUGAAACAUUAUCCGAACGUAUUUGGGCACUCACAGAAAUGUUUCCUGAAUCAUUAAGAAACUAUACCAAUGUAUUCUUUAAAACUACUGGUUCAACCAUCUGUGGAGCAUAUUCUUUAGCUUGUACUUCAACGUGGUUUAUUUCUACUACUGCAGCUAUACUAUUAAUGCCUGUUCUAUUUGAAACUGAACGCAUUCAAGUUGAAGAAGCACAAAAAAAUCACUCUAAACAACUACUUUUGGGUCCUGGUAGUGGAGGUGGAAACUUGGGGAGUGGGACAACGGUCCUCCCCACUUAAGAUAGACAAUUGCGUGUGUCGACAACCAAAUAUCAUCGGUAGUUUUUAUUAUUUUGCUAUAAACAUAUUUCUAUUACACCUCAGUAAAGUCCACUAAUAUAUAUACAUUUAUAUAUAUAUUUAUAUUACUGAAACAACAAUAAUAUAAAUGAAGUAUUUCAAU